AAGAGCUAUGACAGUUCAGAAAAUUUUAUGGAAGAUGACAAGAAACCCGAUAUAGCUUCCUUACAAUCCAGUUUAGUCAACGGUUCCUUAGACCCCUUAAAAAAUGAAAUAUCGGAAAAUGAAACCAAACCUCUCCCACAAUACAUUCUCAUAAACGGCUUUCACAGAAACAACGAUUCGACCAAUGAUAACCGUAACUUAUAUCCCUUUCAGGAAAUGUCUCAGCUGAAAGAGACCAAUCAGAAGUCGAGCCUAGAUAGGCUCAGUUUGAUAGUCGAUAGAAUAUCGCCGAAGAUGGAAGACGGGUGCCAACAAAAUCAACAACUCCUUUCUCCGCCGCUAAUCGCUUCUUCCAAUUCCAUCGCAAACCAAUAAAUAAUAAUAAUAUAUUUUAUUAAUAAAUUUAUAAAAAACAUUUAUCGAAUCAUGAUUCAUGAUUAGUUUUACUAAAUUUUUAUUAAAAGUUAAAGUUAUAUAUAAUAUUAAUUAUUUUUUUAAUUUAAAU